AGAAGUAAAAAAAAUUAUAUUUUCUUACGUGUGAAUUGGAAACAUUUUUAUUUUAUCACGACAAUAAUAUUUAAACAAAAGUAAUGCAAAACUUACUAAAGAUAUACCAUUAGUUUUGCGUAUAUCUCGUUCGUAAUGUGUCUUCGUUUUUCCUUUUUUUCUUUUGUGCAAAAUCUAGAAGAACUACUUCAAAAGGAGUAUUUGAAGCAAACAUAAAAAUUAAUUUACAACCACUCCACAUAUAACGUUAUCAGAAUAUAUUCAGGAAAUUAUGAAAGUUCGAUUCAAGUCAUUUAUUGCGUUGCUUUUACUGCCACUACUUAUUCUCAGUAUAGUAACAGCUGAGUUGCAGGGACCUCUUUCUACACAUAAUGCAAAUCCGCAGGAUGCACUUCAACCAGAAACAACUUCGCAACCAGAAAAAGCGCCUGAAAAAGGUGCGAAUUCAGCAGAAUCCACAGAAACCAACACUGUUAGCAAUGAGAGGAAAUCGGCCAAAUACGUAACUGAAAAUGAGUCACCCACAGAUGCUCCAGUUACCCAGACACCAGGCAACACAGUUGUUUCGCUGUUAGCCUUCGAUACUGAAGUCGGACCACGCUUCAAAAUUUGGCAACAAGCCUUACUCGAACAGCAGCUGAACGAAAAACUCGUUCGGCAGAAGUUGGAAGAUCAAAUAGCCGCUAUUGAAGAAAUGCGUAAAAAACCAGUUGCGGAACCUACCCCUCGAGAGAUCGAAGCUCAAACCCUCUACGAAAAAGGUAUGGAUAUAAUCGCGAAACAACGUAGCGAUAAAGACUUAGGACACAUAUUUAUAAUGCGUGCUGCUGAAAUGAACCACUUAAAAGCUCGUGCAGAGAUGGCUUGGUCACAUCUACUGGGACGUAAUGGCAAGCUUAAUUUUGAAUUAGCGGCAGCAGAGUUUGACGAAUUAGCAAAAGAGGGAUUGCCAGAAGCGAAUAUGGGUCUUGCAUUCCUAUACUCUGUUGGUGUUGGUGGUAAAAACGUCAGUCAACCACUGACGUUGAUUCAUUUGACAUUAGCAGCUCUGGGCGAACAUACAUUUGCACAGAUGGCCCUUGGAUAUCGAUAUUUGUACGGAAUAAAUGUGCCAACUAAUUGCGAGAGGGCGCUAAUGUAUUACAAGAAAGUAGCCAAAAAAGUUGCCUCCAAGAUUACAUUCUCGAACGGACCAGUUGUCCAUCGUGUACGCUUACUAGAUGAGUCGGAAAAUCCUGGCAGUCAAGAAACUGAAAUCGUUGACUACUAUCAGUUGUUAGCAGACAAGGGUGAUGUUCAGUCUCAAGUGGGCCUUGGACAGCUCUACUACCAAGGAGGAAAAGCAAUACAGCAAGAUCACCAAAAAGCACUGGAAUAUUUUACUAAAGCUGCAAACACAGGCAAUGCAAUAGGCUACGCCUUCUUAGGCAAGCUUUAUUUAGAGGGUAGUGAAUUCAUCAAAGCUGAUAACGAAACCGCAUUCAAGUAUUUCAAGAAAGCAGCUGAACUAGGAGAUCCAGUCGGGCAAAGCGGAUUGGGACUAAUGUAUCUGAAAGGACUUGGUGUUCCAAAAGAUCCACUCAAGGCUCUAAACUACUUCACGCAAGCCGCGGAUCAGGGCUGGGUUGAUGGUCAACUUCAAUUGGGCAACAUGUACUUCACUGGCAAUGGUGUGAAAACUGACUACAAAUUGGCACUUAAAUACUUCAACUUGGCUUCACAAUCUGGCCACGUAUUGGCUUACUACAAUUUGGGUAUAAUGCAUACCUACGGCAUUGGAAUGUUGAGAUCAUGUCCAGCGGCCGUGGAAUUCUUCAAAAAUGUUGCCGAACGUGGUAGAUGGAGUACAAACAUGAUGCUUGCGUAUAAUGAUUACAAAAGUUAUUUCACUGACAAAGCGUAUAUGCAAUAUGCAUUGCUGGCAGAGCUGGGCUACGAGGUUGCCCAAAGCAAUGCAGCUUUUCUUUUGGAUCGCGGCGACGUCAGCAUUUUCCAUGAUCGACAUGAGGAGCUUAUACGUGCGUUUUAUUAUUGGAAAAGAGCGGCCGGACAAGGAUACUCAGCUGCACAAGUGAAGCUGGGCGAUUAUUACUAUUAUGGCUGGGGAACGAACAUAGACUUCGAAACGGCGGCUUCUCUAUACAGAAAAGCGUCUGAACAGCAGUAUAAUGCACAGGCAAUGUUCAAUCUUGGCUAUAUGCACGAACAAGGGCUGGGUAUGAAAAAAGACUGGCAUCUGGCGAAGCGCCUCUACGACCUUGCUGCUGAAACGAAUGCAGAUGCGAAAGUACCGGUAGCCAUAGCACUUCUUAAACUGCAAAUGCUUGCAAAAGUUGAAGCCAUUAAACAGUCGCCUUACAAAUUCAUCUUCUACAUGGACGAAAAUAUUGCCGCCAACUGGGACUUGUACAUGAUCACGAUAUUGACACUGUUGCUAGGAUUUAUUAUGUACACUAGACGUCCGUAUCAGGAUCAACAACCGGCUGAUCAGCACCAGCAGGAGCAAGUAAACCCUGAAGCGGAGCAGCAACAGCCACAGCAGCAACAACAGCAGCCGGAGUGAAUUAGCAUAAAACAUACUAAAUAGUAAUACUUUUUAGGUGUAAUUAGUUGAUAUGUGUACAUAACAGUCAAUAAUUUAAUGUUAUUUGUUGCAUUACCGUUAACAUCGCCAUUACCAAGACCGUCUCGGCGACAUGAAGCUUGUGUUAACAAGUAUUUUAUUUUUUCUUUUUAAAGUAGCAUAUAAAUAUUAAACCAUCUUAAUAAGCCAAUUUUGAAAUCGAUAUUGAGAUUUGUUUUGAGAAAACCAAUGAAUCCUUCACACCAUUAAAAGUUGUCUAAAUAAAUUAUUUUAUACCACAA